AUGCGGACACGAGGGUGCCGCGACGCGACGCGGACGUCUUUCUGCUCAAUUUUGUGGCCCUGUUUCCGGUGCUCACUUCCGUGCCGGUGACGGGUUCGAAGUGUCGUGCGCAGUCGGCGAAGAGGAUAGGCCUGCCACUCAUUGUCCGUGUCAUAUCUGGAGGUGGAGCAGUUGUCUUCUCUCUCUCUCUUCUAUAGAGCCAAUCGCAAAGCGCGGUGCUGUCAUGGAGGUUGGGAGAGGAGCACGUGGCCGUCCAGAAUCCAGUGAUCCACCACAACCGCCCGUCCAUUCUCCAGGCCAUGCCGCGCACGGCACUGCUCCGCCUCGCCGCUGCUUCGACGACGCGCGCGUCCUCGGCUUCCGCGGCGGCGCGGCGACUGUGCCCGUCCUCAGAGUCAGACGACGGCGGCGAGCGGCACGCGGCCGCCCGGAAGGAUGAGCUCCUCCCGCCGCCCCGCACGCCGCGCCCCGACGAGCGGCGGCUGUCUCGGCGUGGAGAGCAUCGGAGAGAGUUAUUAUCUGUCACAAUGGCCUCCAGAGACCACACUGGCUUGACCCGACAACUUUUGGAUUUUCAACAUGAUACAAUAGAUGAGGUAGGUGCAGAACACGGUCCAUUCAUGGAUUUGAAAGCGAGAUUCAUGGACUUCAAACAGAGAAACUAUGUGGAGAAUUUUUCAAAUUACCAAAAUCUUGCUGAACAGCAAACACCAAAGUUCAUGGUGAUUGCUUGUGCUGACUCCAGAGUCUGCCCUACCGCUGUUUUGGGGUUUCAGCCUGGCGAAGCAUUUACGGUUCGUAAUGUGGCGAAUUUGGUACCACCAUAUGAGCAUGAGGGAUCAGAGACUAGUGCAGCACUAGAGUUUGCUAUCAAUACACUCGAGGUAGAGAAUGUACUGGUGGUAGGCCACAGUAGGUGUGGGGGCAUCCAGGCACUAAUGAGCAUGAAAGAUGAUUCAACGUCCGGAAGCUUCAUUAAAAACUGGGUUUCAAUUGGGAAGAGCGCAAGGUUAAGCACAAGAGCUGCAGCUGGAAAUUUGAGUUUUGACAUGCAGUGCAAACAUUGUGAAAAGGAAUCAAUAAAUAGCUCUCUGUUGAACUUGUUAACAUACCCAUGGAUAGAGAAGAGGGUGAAUGAAGGUACUUUGAAUCUCCACGGAGGCUACUACAACUUCGUUGAUUGCACAUUUGAGAAAUGGACAUUAUUGUACCGUGAAGGGUUGGAAGGUGGAAGCAAGUACGCUAUAAAGAAUAGGUCCACCUGGUCUUGACCAAUGAAGGCCUCAUUUACUUGGGUAAAUUUCACUCUGCGCCCUGCAGUUAAGCAUGGUUUUGCUUUGCCACUACGCUGUGCAUUUCCGUCGCACCUUUGCUCCAUUGUGGUAUUGAUGUCCUGCAGAAGCGAGUCCCUGUAUCAAAUAACUGUGUCCAUUGCGAUGCAUGGCACUAUGGCACUAGCAUGUCAGCUUGCUGUAGUAUUGCAUACUCACGGGCAGGUGCAUCGGCAUUGUAGUUGUAGCAGCUAUUGUUUGAUACGUACAGGAACUCUCCACUGUGGAAGCACAAAGCCACAAUGGAGUGAGGUGCGACGCAAUGAACAAUAUGGUGGCAAAGUGAAAGUCUGUGGAACUACCGGGGGGCAAAGUGGAUUUUGUGCAACUAUUUGUGUGUCGUUUUCCGGUUGAUACCAUUGAGAAAAUACGAAUAAGUUACAGGAUCAGUCAUAGUGCAUGUAAUUGUCGCCACAUUUGGCGUUACCUUGUUAUUGUAAUUGUAACAUUUGUACCAUUUGUUGUAUCAUUAUAACUGUGAGAUACAAUACAAAUAUUAUACGGUCUCGGCAAAUUUGCUUGAUGACAGUGUU